GUCCACCGAUUCACCAUCAUCUUUCCAUCUCGUUGUGCUCUCUUCCCUCGCCAUAUAGCUCUUUCCCUUCGGUAAGAGAGUUUUAGAUCUGCAAACCCCUACUGCUGCAAAACCCAAUCGAUGUCGUCGAAAGCCGGAAAGAAGCCAGUGGCUGAGAAGAAACCGGUGGCCGAGAAAGCGCCCAAGGUUGAUAAGGCAACCAAGGAUGGAUCGACUUCGGUUGACAAGAAGAAGAAGAAGAAAAUGAAGCGAGCGAGCGAGACAUACAAGAUCUACAUCUUCAAGGUCUUGAAGCAGGUUCAUCCGGAUAUUGGGAUCUCGAGCAAGGCGAUGGGGAUAAUGAACAGUUUUAUCAACGAUAUCUUCGAGAAGCUGGCGCAGGAGGCUUCGAGGCUUGCUCGAUAUAACAAGAAGCCGACUAUCACUUCGAGGGAGAUCCAGACUGCCGUGCGUCUCACGUUGCCUGGUGAACUCGCGAAGCAUGCGGUCUCUGAGGGGACCAAGGCGGUGACGAAGUUUACGAGCACGUAGGUUAAAUCCGACGAAAAGAGCACCCGGUCGAUCCGAUUGACGAAUAUUCUUUUAUUUUUGUUAUCCUUUAAUGUUUUGGGAACAGCUUUAUCUGAUUUGUUCUGUUUUUCCCUUGUCUUUUGCCUUUCUUCAUGGAUCGAUAUCGAUUGAAGAAGGAUAUGGUAAUGAUGGGCUAAUAGGAUUUUUUUUGGUAAUUUUAGUUCAAUUAAAGGGUGAAAGGAUUAUCGACAGUCUCUUUGUAAAAAUUCAUUAAGUUUUCUGAAUUUCAAUAAGGUUGGGA